UUUACUAUUGAGUUUCCUAACAAGUUGUUUUAACUUUCAUUCUCCAUCUUAAUUUAGUUCCUGGUUGUUUUUAGUUAAAACUGUAUUUUUUAUCAGAAAAUAACCCUGAAUAGUUUCAAUUAAACCAAAAGUUGAGUUUGCUUGCCGUGACAACGAGGAAAUGGUUGCUAUGAUAACUGCGUCACUGUGCUGCGUUCAGCUUUUUGUCAUCUUCAUUGUGCUUGUUUCAGCAGAUCAGAUCUCUAGAGAGCUCCAAUUUGAACCUGGACAAAACAUCAAUCUAAAAUGCAGAACUCCUGACAACAAACCUGCCGCCGUCGUAGAGUGGAGCAGAACUGAUUUGGAGGAUGAAUUUGUCCUUUUAUUUCGGGAUGGUAAGUUGGAUCCAGAACACCAGCACCAAAUGUACGAGAACCGAGUGGAUCUACGCGACCAGCAGAUGAAAGACGGAGACGUGUCUUUGGUCCUGAAUAACAUGGUGCCUGAUGACAGAGGAAUAUAUGAGUGCAGGGUUGCUCAGGCAGAAACUAAUCGAAAGAAAAGAGCUGUGCUGGAUUCAGAUCCUAUCUGCACCUUCAGGUUGAGCCUAGCCCCUCUUCCAGGGACCCUGGAUGGACAAAGCAAGAACAGAGGAAACAAACCUGCUGCAUUGAAUAAAGGAUGGAAUAAAGCCAGAGAUGAUAAGCUAAUAAUCGGUCUGGCAGUCUGGUUUAUUAUUGUUCUAGUUGCUGGUUUUGUGGCUCUUUACUAUAUAAGGAACAGGUGUUAUCAAGUGUAGGUCUUAGUGUCCACUUUACUUGCCAUGAUGAUGAAUGGUAAGAGGGGAGACGGAAGACAAUCCUUGUUGUGAAAUAAUAACCUCGUUCCUCCUCAUGACCAACCCAUCCAUAAUGAUCCUGGCUCUGCAGCAUCUCCAUUUCUGUUUGUAUAGAGGCAUCUUAAUUACCUGGUGUCCAUGGUAACCUCAACACAAAAUGUCAAAGUCUGAUUAUUCUGGAUUAUAAUAGUGAUUUAAUUCAGUCAGUAUUGUACUGAAUGGUCUUAAGAUGGAUUGAGAAUAACUAUAUUGUUCUUAAUUUUGCUUUAACUGGAUUUGAGUGAUUAGACCCUAAACUUCCCAGAGCAGGUUCAAACCUUUCUCUUCUGGUAAGAACAUUAUUUUAUAACUUCUUCCUUCUCAAAGUGAACAUAACAGGAACCUGCUGUGACGUUCCUCUGGGUGAAGGCCUUCACUUCUGCCUGUCACAUAUUUCUGGCAUGGAAAAUUUGAUUCAUCUCUCUUACUGUUUUUUUUAUCCUUCUGUUUUUCACCUCUUCAAAAACAUUCAGAAGCAUAAUGAAAAAAAAGAAUAUUUUUAAGAGUAGUAAAAGUACUCUUAAAAAUACUCAAUACAUACGUACAUUAUGUAUGUAUUCUAAUACAUACAUACUCAAUUGAUUUGAUAUACAAAAAAUCAUAAUUGAAGUUGAAGAGACUUUUUAAAAGUAUUUUUUAUGUUAAACAUGUUUAUAAUUUGUACAUUUGAUUUGCCUGACAGUUCUGCCAUGUACUGGUUAUUUUAAAUCACAGCUGUACAUAUUUAAUCUUCUGAGUCUGUAAGUUUGAGUUCUGUUUUUGGCCCUGGGGAAAAUGAACACAGUUUGAAUUAAACUCUUGGUGUUUAAAAAGAGCUUUGCUUGUCACCACUAAACAUUUAAUAAACAUUUAAUACCUACAAGUGUAAACCAACUAGCUUCACUGUCUGUGACAGUAGGAUGUAAAUUAUGUUGCAAAGAAAAUGCAAAACAAUUAAACUGUUUAAGACAUGAACUCAGAGAGACUUAGUAACAUUUCCCAAACAUGAAGCUACAACAAAAGCUUCAAAUUUGUUCCAGUUUCUGAAAUAUUUAUUUCUGUAUUUUGUAGAUCAUGUUUUCUGUUAUGAUAGCUUGAGAAAUGCUGGUUGUUUUCAAAUGUGUUCAGUUUAUCUCCUUAUCACUUACAUUCUC